UAACGAACUCGAUAUGUAUUUUAAAACUAACUUUGUACAUACAAAGUUGCAAGUUGAUACAAUAAGUUUUUCAAAAGUUAUCGUGGCGACCAGUGCCGAAUUUACAAAUCUUACCGCUGUGGUGUAUUCGAAUGUCUUAUCAUCGAAUGUGAUUUUUCGGUACAUUACGAGACACCUUUCGUCUUUCAAGUGGACCUAUGUUUCAUUUCAUUUUCACACGCACACACAUAUGUUUUUCCCCUCUUUAUAUAUUUUUGUAUUCACGAAGUUGUGCGUUGCUACGACAAUCGCGCAUGACUUAGAUUCUUAUCUUCCUUCGAGAGAUUUACUUGUUCGUGAUACUACGAUUUCUAAGUUUCAAUUUAUCAAGAAUUUUAUAUCUAAAAUUAUCAGUGUAAUUUCAAUUAAUCCGAAAUUGAUUGUUCAAUAAAAUUAAAUUGUUUAUUUUAUUGAUUUUUGAAAUAUUAAAUAAAUUCUAUUAUUUGGUUAUUAAUUCUGUGAUUUUCCUUAAAAGAAUUUAAAGCACAUGUUCGUUAAAACAUAACCCCACAUUGGUGACCCUCGAACUUGUGUAUAAAACGCAACCGCAUUGCUGAGUACCCAUGAACGCUGUACUGCGGGAGUGUAAAAUUUAAACUUUUCUUUUUAAAAAUUGUGGUGUCUAUCUAGUGAAUUUUUCCUUGCUCUCUAUUUCAACUCAGUCAUGCCUGAUGAAAUAAAAGUAGAUUCGGAACAGUCUACAACAAUGCAUCAAGAUGAUGGAGUUUCAAAUGCUACUUUGGAGGCUUCAAUUGCAAAUUUACAAGCUAUUUCAAUACGGCCACUCAAAUUUUGGAGUCAUGCACCAGCACUUUGGUUUAAACAAAUGGAAAAUAUGUUUUAUUUGGCAAGUAUAACUACAGAAGUUACUAAAUAUAGACAUGUAAUAAGCAAUUUAGACUGGGAACAAUUAAAAGAAAUUCAAGAUAUUAUAGAUCGUGAUGUACAAACUAUUGAAGCACCUUAUAAAUUAGUUAAAGAACAUUUAAUUAGCCGUUUAUCUAAUUCGCAGAAUUUUGAUAUUAAACAAAUGCUUGAACGAGAACAAUUAGGUGAUAGAAAACCAUCUCAACUUCUUAGAGAGUUACAGCGUUUGGGUCACAAGAAGGUCACAGAUGAAUUCAUUCGUACCAUUUGGACUAGCCGACUUCCCGAUCAACUUCAACCUGUUUUGGCAACGCAACCGCCCGACACGACCUUGGAAAAACUCGGAGUACUGGCAGAUACGGUAUUUGAUUUAGUACCACAACAGCAAUUUUCUCAAAUUAACGCUACAACCUCAGGAAUUUCCUAGUCUAACUCGACCUGAUGGUAUUUGCAAGGAGGUUAAACACAAAACUACUCAUCAUAUCGUCACGAAAUCAGGACCUCCUAUUUCCUGUAAGGCGAGAAGGUUGGCACCAGAUAAGUUCAAAAUCGCAAAACAUGAAUUCGAGACUAUGGUUAAAAUGGGAAUUGCUAGGCGUUCUAAAAGUAAAUUUGCUUCGCCUCUUCAUCUUGUUCCUAAAAAGGACGGAGGUUGGAGACCUUGCGGAGAUUAUAGAGGUGUUAACAAUAUCACGGAACCCGAUAAUUAUCCUCCUAGAAAUCUUCAAGAUUUUUCCGCUAAUCUUGCUGGUAAAAUAAUAUUUUCUAAAAUCCGAAUAUUAUUAGUAAUAAACUUUCGUUACUGCCUACGAAUUCUUGUAAAGAAUUUACUACGACUCGAUCAGGACGUAAAGUUCGGUUUCCUGAUCGAUUGACAUUUUCAUAACUUAUAUCAAGUUAUUGGGAAGGGAGUAAUGUGGUGUAUUCGAAUGUCUUAUCAUCGAAUGUGAUUUUUCGGUACAUUACGAGACACCUUUCGUCUUUCAAGUGGACCUAUGUUUCAUUUCAUUUUCACACGCACACACAUAUGUUUUUCCCCUCUUUAUAUAUUUUUGUAUUCACGAAGUUGUGCGUUGCUACGACAAUCGCGCAUGACUUAGAUUCUUAUCUUCCUUCGAGAGAUUUACUUGUUCGUGAUACUACGAUUUCUAAGUUUCAAUUUAUCAAGAAUUUUAUAUCUAAAAUUAUCAGUGUAAUUUCAAUUAAUCCGAAAUUGAUUGUUCAAUAAAAUUAAAUUGUUUAUUUUAUUGAUUUUUGAAAUAUUAAA